CAACGUCAUAGUAACAAGUGAAGCGCAAAUACAGAGAGGAAGAGUAUUGAUAAAUUAACGAAAAAUGGAAACAAGAGAUCAGUGGUACAAGCCAAACUUAUUAUACAACAUACAUUACAAACCACCUAAACAGUCAGAACCACUUACAAAGUCAGAUGAAGCAAAAAAGCCAAAGCCACCCAAGAUGGUUGUAGAUACGAUCCGCUUUAAUCCUAGCGUAUGUACAUGUGGAGAACACGGAUGCCAGCCCCACUAUAGGAUGGAGAGAAAAGUUCGAUGGAUAAAUGAAGAUGAAGAGGUAAACUCCGCUCCAAUUGAGCAGACAGAUGGUAGAGUUGAUUUUGACAAAGGCAAUGGUAAAUGUGAUGUCAGAGUUCAUAGUGACGAAGGUAUUGGUAGAUGCAAUAGCAAAGUUGAUGGUGACAAAGACAAUGACACACGCGAGGGUAGUGUUAAUGGUGACGAACGCGAUGGUAGAUGCGAUGGCAAAAAUGUUGGUGACGGAGGCGACUGUGGAUGCGAUGCCAGAGUUGAUAGUGACGAAGACGAUGGUGGAUGCGAUGGCAAAGUUGAUGGUGACAAAGACGAUGAUGGAUGUGAUGGCAAACUUGAUGGCGGAGUUAAUGGUGACGACGACGAUGGUGAAUGUGAUGGCAGAGUUGGCAAUGAUGAAGACGAUGGUAGAUGUGAUGGCAGAGUUGAUGGUGACGAAGAUGAUAAUAUAUGCGAUGGUAGAAUUGAUGGUGACGAAGUCGAUGGUGAAUGCGGUGGAAAAUUUGAUGGUGAUGAAGAUGGUGGUGUAUGCGACGACAGAGUUGAUGGUGACAAAGGCGAUGGUGGGUGCGAUAGCAGAGUUUAUAGUGAUGAUCACGAUGGUGGAUGCGAUGGCAGAGUUGAUGGUGACAAAAGCGAUGGUAGAUGCGAUGGAAGAACUGAUGGUAACGUAGGCGAAGAUGGAUGCGAUGGCAGAGUUGUUGGUGACAAUUACAAAAAUGGAUGCGAUGAAAGAGUUGAAAGUGACAAAGGCAAUGGCAAAUGCGAUGACAGACUUGAUGAUGAAGAUGAUGAUGAUAGAUUCGAUGGAAGAGUUUGUGGUCACAAAGACAAAAGCAGCUACGAUGACGGUCUUGAUGUUCGUGAUGUCAAUUGUGGGCUUGAUUCUAGAAGCUGUGGUGAUAAUUACGGUGCCAGAACCGAUGCCCAUAUAUUUGAUUCAAAUAGUAUUUUGGAAGAUGAUGCAGAAGACAUCUCUGCAGCGUUCGGAAUUAUGUCCAUCUAUUGCAACAGUGAACUACACAGUUGGGGAAGAGACCAAGUCGAUGCUGUGGAGUGAUUUAUUGUAUGCCAGACAGCCUUUGAAAUAUUUUGUUUUUCUUUUGAAUUACUACGUAAUAAAAUCAAGAAACGAUGUUUCAACAUU